AUGGACGGUGUCGUUGGUUUGACACAGUGCGCCCUUGCUCCGGGACAUAGCAUGACCUACAGAUGGAUCGCAGAGAGCUAUGGCUUCUCCUGGUACCACAGUCACUUGACUCUUCAGGCUUAUGAGGGUCUCUUCGGUCCCAUGUACAUUCACGGUCCUAAAUCCGCUGAUUACGAUGUGGAUGCUGGUCACCUCAUCAUCAACGAUUGGUCUCACAUUACUCCCGAUGACAUGUACAACGACGCACAGGUCGCUGGUGUCAGAACGAUGGAUACUGGUUUGAUCAACGGUAUGAACAUCAAUCCUCUAAUCAAGGAUGUCGAACCCACAGGUCAGCGCUACACUGUCCCCACUGAGUUUGUCCCUGGCAAGAAAUACCUGUUCCAGCUUCUCAACAGUGCCAUCCAGUCGACUUACAAGUUCUACAUCGACGGACACAAGUUCACAGUCAUCGCUGCCGACUUCGUCCCGAUUGAGCCAUAUGAGACCACAGUCUUGUCAAUCAACAUUGGUCAACGCUACGAAAUCAUCGUUGAGGCUGACCAAGAAGUUGGCGACUACUUCCUGAGAUUCGACAACCAGAAUGCAUGUGCUACUACCACCAACUCUGACGAUAUCAGAGGUAUCAUCCAUUACGCAGGCAGCCCUGGCCUUACUCCUAACUCGACUGCCCACACCUACCCUCGCAAGGAUAACGGUGCCGGUGGUAUCCUCGGUACUUGCGAAGACGAGCCUCUCGCCAGCCUAGUCCCCAUCCUCAAGAAAUCCGUUAGCUCUCCCCACCAAACUGUCCAGCAUGAUGUUGCUGUUUCAAACUCCAAUGGCAUCAACCUCUACCGCUGGUACCUCGACGGAACAACCUUCCAAGCCAACUGGGGUGAUGCUACUCUUUACAGCAUUGUCAACAAUGACACCAUUCCUACCUACUCAGGCGACCUCGCUAUCUCAACCUCUCUCGGAGAGUGGGUCUACGUGAUUAUCGAGUCUCCCGUACCACUAGGUCACCCAAUCCAUCUUCACGGACAUGACUUCUACGUUCUCGCAGCUGGAUAUGGAAACUAUGGUAGCGGCACGGCUCUCAACCUUGACAACCCUCCUCGCCGUGAUGUGGCCUUCAUGCCCGGUGACGGGCCUACAGGUCAAGGUGGACAUCUUGUGAUCGCUUUCUUCACCGAUAACCCUGGUGUCUGGCUCAUGCAUUGUCACAUCGGUUGGCACGUGGCCAUGGGCUUCGCCCUACAGUUCAUCGAAGGACAAGAGCAGAUCAAGGAUACUGUCACCGACACUUGCAUGUUGAACGAUGUCUGCAACAACUGGCGUCCUUGGGCUCACGAGAAGGGUAUCUGGGUCGAUGACUCUGGUGUGUAA